AUGUCUAGCAGCAUUAUUGCGAGCUUUGAACUGGCAAAGGAAAGGUUGGUCAAUCUUCUUAAAGAAAUAAAUCAACUGGAGAUCAAAUCUCCAGAACCAAGAGACCCUAGACAAUGGCAACAAUUUUGGAGCAGUUUUAACGCAGCAGUCCACAAGCAAGCAAUUCCAGAAAUACAAAAACUGAAUUACUUGUACUCAUGUCUCAAAGGAAAAGCUCUACAAGCAAUAUCUGGAUAUGAUAUAGCUCCAGAGAAUUAUGAAGUCAUCAGAAAACUGCUCAAUGAAAAAUAUGGCGAUCACUCAAUAGUAACAACAUUACUAUACAACGAACUCCAAUCAAUUAAACGAAAUGAAAGAGAAUGGAUUGGAACAAUUGAAAAUAUAGAACGAGUACUGCGCCAGUUAGAAGCUCUAGGAGAAAGCCUUGAGCAUUCAAAUAUUGAAAUCUUGAUCGAGAGCAAGUUGCCAUUAUGGAUAUUAAAUAAAAUAUAUAAACAUAAGAAGAAGGACAUGCCUUGGUCAAUUCUCAAACUAAGAAACUUUUUAACAAGUUUAGUUAAUGUGAAUGAACAGAUUAAAAACUGUCAACAUUCACUCACUCAACUCAAUAUUAAAUCUACAACUACCAAACAGGAACAAAAACAACGAUACAAUCCCGGAGGAACUUCAGCACUGUCGACAAUAAAGGAUAAUCAAAAUACUUCAAAAACUACAACAACAAAAAGACGACCAUGUGUAUUCUGCAAUCAAGAUCAUUGGGACAGCGAUUGCGUGAACUACACGACUCUCAAUGCUCGACUUAGUCGUCUCAAAGUAUUGAAGAAAUGUACUAUUUGUCUUAGAGACAGUCACAAAGGACAGAAUUGUAAUGUCAAAAAACAAUGUUUUUAUUGCAAAAGCUUACAUAAUAGUGCUUUAUGUAAUAAAAGGAAUUCACUUUCUUUAAACAAUACAAUGUCUCAAAGAAAUGAAGAGCAUGAAAGAAUUGGACCUUCGAAACGAAAGGACUGUUCAACUUCUCUCUACAACUCCACAUUAACAACUCGAUCCAAACAGACAAAGGAAACUUUACUUUUAUGUAAGGAGAUAAAGGUUUUUAAUCCAUCACAACCUCAACUACAACAAAAUGCCCUUGCCUUAUUUGAUAUUGGAUCACAACUCUCCUUCAUCUCCAAAAAAUUAUUACGUCAAUUAAAGUUAACCGAAACAGAAACUCAAAUUAUGAGAAUAGCUCCAUUUGGUAUGAAAGAACCGAAAUCAUGUCCCACUGCUCGCAUACAACUAAAUGUGCUAACUACCGAAAGCGAAAUCAUACAACUACAAGCAAAUAUAAUUGAUUACCUAACAAACGAAUUGCAGGUAGUGGAGACAUCAAAUGAAUUUCAAAUUCAAAAUUUAACAAAUUAUUGGAAAAAACCUGACGUAUUGAUUGGAGCUGACUAUUUUUUCAAAUUUAUUAGUCUACGAGAAAUCAGGAAAUUGAAAUCAGGGCACAUGUUGGUUCAAUCAAAAGUUGGUCCAAUGAUUGCUGGAAGUGGAGAUAUUAAGAAACUUUGCAAGAACGAAUUAUAUCCUAAAGAAAUAGUAUAUUCUACAAACGUCAAUAUUAACACUGAGCUAGAAAAAUUUUGGAAAUUAGAGACGAUUGGUAUCCAAGAAUCACCUCGAGAUGAUGAUGAUGAUCAAGCUUUAAAGCAUUUCAAACGGACCAUCAUCAAGCAGGGUGGAAGAUAUCAGGUUUGUUGGCCUUGGAAAGACUCCAAACAAAAAUUAAGCAAUAAUUAUGGAUUAUGUCUGGGACGAUUGAAGAAUUUGAUCAACCGCCUACAACAUAAUUCAAAUCUCCAUUCAUAUCAUCAAAUACUUAUGGAUCAACUACAUUCAGAAAAUCAUGGUAGUGAAUUGGCAUGGGAGAUAAGAAAGAACUUAUACGUAGAAAACGUUAUUAUAUCAGCUAAUGGAACAGAAGAGGCCUUAUAUAAAUAUGAAAGAACGGAAGAAAUUUUUGGUGAAGCAUCGAUGAACAUAAAAGAAUUUCUUUCAAAUGACGAAGAAUUUAACAAAAGAAUAGCUGAAUGCGACCUAAGCCAAACAAACCAGGAAAAUUUUCUUGGUCUUAAAUGGAACCAUGAACGAGAUAUUAUCCGUGACACUGAAACCAUGGAUAGGAAAAAGUUUAACAAAGAGGAUUAUCUUACAAUUCAUAGCCUCUCAAUAUAA